CACAGUUGAUAAUUGUAUAAAAAUGGUUAUCUCCACUACAGGGCCAGGACACUUGCUUCUGGAGCAGUGGAAUCCUCUGGGGGUGGUUGGGGUGAUAACCGCUUUUAACUUCCCAGUGGCAGUAUUUGGAUGGAACUCCUCCAUAGCUUUGACCUGUGGGAAUGUGGCUCUCUGGAAGGGAGCGCCCUCUACCCCACUCACCAGCAUUGCUGUUACCAGGGUGAUGACCUCUGUCCUUGAAGCUAACAACAUGCCCCCUGCAGUGGUAUCUCUGGUGUGUGGGGGUGCUGAUAUUGGAACACUGAUGGCUAAAGAUGAAAGGAUCCCUCUUGUCUCCUUCACUGGGUCUACACCAGUUGGACACAUUGUUGCACAGAUGGUGACAGAGAGGUUUGGGAAAAAGAUUCUGGAAUUGGGAGGCAACAAUGCUAUUAUAGUAAACGAGGAUGCAGAUGUUGACAUGGUCGUAAGAGCCUCUUUGUUUGCCUGUGUGGGGACAGCUGGGCAGAGGUGUACCACAACUAGGAGACUGAUUGUCCAUGAGAAAUUGUAUGAUGCAGUUUUAUCUGGACUGAAGAAAGCGUACGGGCAGGUCAAAAUGGGCGAUCCACUAGAACCUGGCACACUACUGGGACCAAUGCAUUCUAAACAAGGAGUGGAAUUAUAUCUGAAAGCAGUAGCAGAUGUCCAAGCACAGGGUGGAAAGAUAGAAGUUGGAGGCAAGGCAGUGGAUCGACCAGGAAACUUUGUUGAGCCCACCAUCGUGACUGGUUUACCCCAUGACGCGGAAAUUGUACAUAGAGAGACAUUUGCUCCCAUUGUCUACAUUAUGAAGUGCAAGAGUUUAGAAGAAGGUAUCAAAUGGAACAAUGAGGUAAAGCAGGGGUUAUCCAGUAGUCUCUUCACCAGGGAUAUCAGUAAUGUUUUCAAAUGGAUUGGGUAAGUAUAACCGUGACCUUUAAAAUUUAUUCCUGAAAUUUUAUAGAAAUAAGGAGUAUUUGUUAGAAAAAGGGACUUUUGCUGGUGUUUGUUCAAAUGUUAGUUUAUCAGAGGCAGUUGAAUAUUGAAUAAUU